AUGAAGUUUUUAAAAGCAAGUUUUUGUUUUACAUUUUUUGUAAUUUUUUCAACAGUUAGGACUUCAGGAGCGACAAAAUGUUAUGAGUGUUUCUAUGACUGCCAAACACUAGUGAAUGUGACUUGUAACGACAACAAAAACGAUGAUUUUCUGUGCUUUUCCACAAAGUUUCCUUUAGGUGGAAAAGAUAUGAAUGUUAAAGGAUGUAUUCUUGCCGAUGAUCAGGAGUUCAAGGCUAAUUGUAAAGCCCUUAAUGAGUUCGAUAACAAUUCUUGCUAUGUUUGUGAUAACAAUUUUUGUAAUUUAUUGUAAUAAAUAAUUUUAAAUA